AUGGAUUCAUUUAGCAUGGAGGACGCGGUCCCCAGCUUCUGCGUUGGUCAUCAUGAGUCCAAUCGUUCGUAUGCUGUCACGCCUGAUGUGGUGCGCAAGGCCCACGAGAGUAAUUAUGACAUGCUUACCACGCCUAUCACCACCUCCCAUUUUCAUUCCCGCGUCCUAACCCUCCUCUCGUCUCAUCUAUCCGGCAUGCAACUUGCGACGACUGAUAGACAUGGCACCAUGGGAACAACUCGGAAUACUAGGCCAUUGGUAAUUCCGCCGCUUGGCCCGGCUGAUACGCAUUUGACCCCAAAUGACGCUAUGAGCCAAGUGGUAGGGGUCACUAGUUCUUGGAUUGAUCUGUGCUCCCCGGACCCGUUGAUUGCGGACAUCUCCCGUCAGGUUCUCAUGCUGGAGAUUGCGUAUGCAGCAUUCUGUGGUAUUGGCUACCUGCUGGUUCCAGGACCAAAGCUACACCAUGGGAGCAUGCAGGCCGAAGGAACGGUUUACUAUGCUAGGACUAUCCAGGACGCAUUGAAUCUCGGUCCUUAUAUCCAGUUCCAUAUCUGGUUGAGAACUAUCGAUAACCCGGAAAAUGAGGUGGACCAAAUGGGUGAUCUUGCUCCUCUUGCCCGCGGGGAGUUCCUUGAGCCAGAAGAAGAUGCAACGCCGAGGGUGGACUCUUUCGGUACCUGGGAGGCAUGGGAUUUAAUCCGGAGAACCUGUAAAUAUCAUGCACGACUACUCGUAGCUCUCUCCAUUCCAAAACAUCUCCCGCCUGUGUCCGUCCAGUCCCGGUGGCAUUCUGAGCCUGUGCACCUUCUUACUUUUGACACCAACUGCUUUAUCAGGAACCAGAAAGGAUACCCGGUUUUGUCCAAAGCGCAUCAGUCUUUGAUAACCCGGUUUAUGCGCCUGCGUAGUGCCCCGUGGAUUUUGCUUUGUGAUGUCGGUCCUAUUCCUGGCAUCGAGAUGAACGACAACACUAACCAGUCCAACCUAUCUGGGUCUGAAUUCCCCAGUCUUGGACAGGCUUCUAUCGCGAGCAAGAAACAUCAUGAUCUGACUCCACACUUAUCUUACAUGAGGAACCUUCAGCAGAAACAACCUGCUCGUAGCGCCAUCGAAAGAUUUGGUACUGGAUACCAAGACUAUCUGCAAGCUCCACUGCAGCCGCUGACGGUUAAUCUGGAGAGCAUUACAUAUGAAGUCUUUGAAAAGGAUCCUAUCAAGUACGACUGGUAUGAGCGUGCUAUUGCAAAGGCCUUGAGUGAUUGGGCAGACCAAAAGAAACCUACAUCCAACCCUGAUGGUCGGGUGGUUGUCGCUGUUGUUGGUGCUGGUAGAGGACCUCUGGUAACCAGGGCUCUUCGUGCCAGUGCCCAAACGGGUGUCGACAUCGAUAUGUGGGCCGUGGAGAAGAAUCCCAAUGCCUUUGUUCUCCUACAGCGUCACAACGAAACUACAUGGGGUGGCAAGGUGACCCUUGUACAGUCAGACAUGCGAGCCUGGAAGGGGCCUCAAGUGUUGAAGAAAGUCACUACUGGACCACCUGCACCAGUUGGGCAGUCACUUGGUAUUGAGGGCUCAUCUCUCCUUACCGGAGAGCAAGCCACUGUACCACCAGUCACUCCACCGAUUCCGGAAUAUACCAAUACUCAUGUCGACAUUGUGAUCUCCGAGCUUUUGGGUUCCUUCGGCGACAAUGAGCUGUCCCCUGAGUGUUUGGAUGGCAUUACUCCUCUAAUCAAUCCUGUGCAUGGAAUAUCCAUCCCGGAGUCCUACACAGCACAUUUAUCGCCAAUCUCCGCCCCAAAACUUCAUGCCGAUGUCAUGAAUGGGUCCGCCACCAACCCGGCCGCCCCUGAAACGCCAUACGUUGUCAUGCUGCAUGCGGUCGACUUCUUGUCUACAAACCACCCACCAGCUACCAGCGUCUUGAAUAACAACAGUGGCAGCAUCCACAAUCACCUCCGCUCUUCGAUUUCCACACUUCCUGGUCCGGAGUUCGCAACUCCAUUCGUCCAGACAGCAUGGUCAUUUUCGCACCCGAACCGUCACAUUCCUCCUCAGUCAUCCUCGUCAUCCACCCUCUCAAAUGCGCAUAACGUCCGUCGGACCCGAUUAGCUUUUCCCGCUCAGAAUCGCGGGGUUUGUCAUGGUAUCGCCGGAUACUUCGAGACUGUGCUUUAUCGCGACGUUGAGCUCUCGACGAAUCCUGUGACGAUGGACAGCAAGAGUGCUAACAUGAUUAGCUGGUUCCCAAUCUACUUCCCUUUGAAGACACCUCUUGGAGUGCCCGAAGAUGGCGAAAUCGUUGUGACAAUGUAUCGGCAAACUGAUGACCGCAAGGUAUGGUAUGAGUGGAUAGUUGAGGUGUUUGCCCUCGAACGCACGGCCGAAACUGGGACGAGCGGGGUUAUGAGCCCUGUGAUGAGCGGUGCUAGGACGGACUCGCCAGGCGCUGAUAGCGCUAGCGCUACGAGCAAGGACAAGCAGCAACAGCAGCAACGUGAGCGACGUGCUCGGCGGAUUAAGGUGGGUAUGAGCGAUUUACAUUCGAGUAUCAAGGAGGGAUGUCUUAUGUGA